AUGGCUGAACCUCAAGAUUUAUCAUCGUCGACUCAAACGGCCCCGCUUGCCGGAGUCGCAGGUACUGUACCGUUCAAAUUCGAAAGUAAAACUUCUACUGAAGGCUCCCCCCAAGUCCGGUUCGCCGCGGUCAACGAGCAAAUAGCAUUGAAUGAAGGACUCGCUGGUCACCAUAACGGCACCGCUGCGCAAGAAAUAUCACACAAGGAACAGGCGGAUUUAGACCAGUUAUCAAAAACACUUCAAGGGACGCAUCUGCAAGAACGUCGUAUGAGCCACUUUGCAUUCGAGCCUGUGUCUUUACCAGCUUCCAGAGUACGUCAUUACCACUUACAAAAUCCAACAACUUUACGGGUGUCUCCCAUGUGUACUUUGGAUGUCAACUUGAAGUCUCAAGCUCUACAAAAUGUAGAAGAAGAUCUGGCAGAACAACGGAUACCUUCAACUGAAGAGAACUCGCGAGAGGCUAGCCGAUAUAACACACACAAUUCCUCGAGUCGACCUUCCCCACACCAAAGUCCUCGAACAUCAUCUAUGCAUUCUCCACCCAUCACGCCUGCGGCAACUCGAUCGAGAGAUGCCCCGAUCGAAGCAGCAAAGGGGGCUCCGCUCCAGAGAGUGGCGGCGGAGGGUGAUCCGGCCGCUGUGACUCCUCAGAUCUCACCACCUGGAACCUCGCCCUCAACUACGAAUGCCGAUGCAUCUCGACCUGGAUCUUCUGGACAGCUAUUGACUAGCUCUUCUAGCCACUCGACGGAAUCGACUCAAUCCAAACCGCAUCACACUUUUUCGAUCGGUCCUACUGCAAACGACACCUCCGUUACGGUAUCCCGAGAACCUAGCCCUGUUCGUCUUGUUACUCCAUCGGUUUAUAGCAGACCCUUUACACCAGCUGGGGACGUAGAUGAUCCUUACGCUGCAUCUAGGAGAGUCCCGCAGCCUAAGAACGCCGAGGCUAUUGAGUCAAGGUUCAGGUUUACUGCGAUAGGUGCAAAGAACCGACAAUCUCCAAGCUCAUCCACAACUAGCUUACCCAGAUCGUCUAAAAGCAUGGCAGACGUAAGAGCACCUGCGCAAGUCGUUGAAAAACGGCAUACUGGUUUAUUCGGACACAAGAGCCUUUUAUCUGGUAUUCACGAUGACAGUGCAUCAUGCAUGCACAAGACACAUGGCUCUAUGUCAGAACUCAAACGAUUCCUAAAGAUUGGUCAACACAAAAUCAAGCGUUCUAACUCUCCCACACCUUCUAUAAAAUCCGGUAUCUCAGCAACCAGAACGCCACCGUUUUCUAAGGGAUCUCAGCAACUUCCAUUUGGUGAAGAUCACGGUUUAACAUCAAAAUAUGGCAAGUUUGGAAAAGUCCUCGGGGCUGGAGCCGGAGGCUCCGUCCGUUUGAUGAAGCGAAGCAACGAUGGUAAAACAUUUGCUGUGAAGGAAUUCCGUGCCAGACAUUCAUACGAGUCUGAAAAGGAGUACACGAAGAAAGUCACCGCCGAAUUCUGUAUAGGCUCAACUCUACAUCAUGGCAACAUCAUAGAAACUUUAGACAUUGUGCAGGAGAAAGGAAAAUGGUACGAGGUUAUGGAAUAUGCGCCUUUCGAUCUAUUCGCUGUCGUUAUGACUGGGAAAAUGUCGAGAGAAGAGGUGACCUGCUCUUUCCUUCAGAUUUUGAGUGGCGUAACAUAUUUGCAUAGCAUGGGCUUAGCCCAUCGCGACUUGAAGCUUGAUAACGUAGUGGUGAACGAACAUGGGAUUAUGAAAAUCAUCGAUUUCGGUAGUGCUAGCGUAUUCUUGUAUCCCUUCGAAGGAGGCAUCACGCUGUCCAGUGGUAUUGUUGGCUCUGAUCCUUACCUCGCCCCAGAGGUUUAUGACGAGAAGAAAUAUGACCCACAACCAGCUGAUAUUUGGUCCCUUGCCAUCAUCUACUGUUGCAUGUCUUUACGUCGAUUUCCUUGGAAAAUGCCCAGAGCGACGGAUAAUUCCUACAAGUUAUUCGCUUCUCAUCCAUCACCAGGAGCGGAAAUGAUCGAUGGGGAGGUUAUACCCGUCGUAAAGGAGUCUGAUGACAAAUCUCUUCAUUCGAACAACGGCCCCAACUCUUCAGUUCCUUCAAUGCUCAGCCUAAUUAAUUCUAUUGAAGGGGACAAGAAGGAGCCUCCAAAGCCGGAGGUGAUCAAAGGACCAUGGAGGCUGCUUCGCCUUUUGCCAAGAGUGAGCAGAAAUAUUAUCGGGCACAUGUUGACGGUUGAUCCAAAAAGGAGGGCCACAAUGUCACAAAUUUUGGACGACCCCUGGGUCAGAGACACAGUGAUAUGUCGUCAAGAAAUAGGCGAAGGCCCGGGCAAAGUCAUAAGAGCUCCAGGCCAUACACACACCCUUGAGCCACCAGCAUCACAACCUUCUGCCAAAUAA